GUUUUUGAGCUGGAGAAAAAAACGCUGAGCUACCACUACCAGUAAACAGCAGUCCAGCAGCAGGCUCUUCCACCCCGCAGCUGCACUGAUCCACCGUACUCAAAUUCAAGGCAACGCCGUAACGCCACCAUCCACCGAUCACGUUUCAUGCCAAACAUAUCAAAAUUCCUGCGUUCUGAAUUGCUCAAUUUCGUUCUACGCAUUUUCAUGCUUUAACCUAAUUCUCACCUCCUUUCAGUUCUCACCAAUGGCUUAUCGACGCUACCUCCUGCGAAGAACCAACCUCUCAAACUGCAACUUCCACCCUUCUUUCAGCUACGUUCUCCACCACACCAUCGACGAACCCAACCAACGGCAACACGAAAAACCGGUUCCAGCGGCAAUAACUAGUUUGAUCCAAGCGCGUUCCUUCGGGAGCUUCCUCAAUGGAACAACGGGGUUCGGUGCUUCUUCUAAACGAAGAACGAUUUUCAAUAACACGUUUUCUGGAUAUAGUUUGUGCCGAUACAUGUCUACGUUGAAUGAUGAUUCCGAUAAGAUCAAUUUCGGGAUCGACGUGGCAGAUGUGCUCGCCGAAACGACCAUUGAUACCGUAGCUUCUCAGGCUGGUUCCGUCGUCGACGAAGUUGCGAUUGCCGCCGCUGAUUCUCUUUUACCGGUGAAGAUGGUGCAGUAUGCCAUCGACUAUGUGCAUUCCUUCACUGGCAUGAACUGGUGGGCAGCCAUAGUUAUGACAACCUUCUUGGUUCGAAUCGCAACAAUUCCAUCCUUAGUAAAUCAACUUAAGGCUAAUUCCAGAUUCCGUGUAUUGAGGCUUAAAGUAGAUGAAAUAAAGGCACAGAUGGAAGACAAGGAAUCGGAUCCUGCAGCUGUUGCGGAAGGUCAGAAACAAAUUGCGAAGCUAUGUAAAGAAUUUGGUGCGAGUCGAUUUCCAUCAUUGCAGGGGUUCUUUGUUCAAGCUUCUAUCUUGAUCAGCUUCUUCUGUGCAAUAUCAAACAUGGCAGAAAAAAUGCCAUCAUUCAAGCAUGGUGGAGCCUACUGGUUUACUGAUCUCACAACUCCAGAUUCCUUAUACAUUUUUCCUGUUUUGACUGCAUUGUCAUUCUUGGUAAUAGUAGAGCAUAAUGUUCAAGAAGCCUCUUAUGGUACGGUUGUGGAGAGCAGUACUACCAUGAAAAAUCUCUCUAGGGCUGUUUCUGUUCUUGUAGUCCCUUGUGCCAUGGAACUUCCAAAGGCUAUAUUAUGUUUCUGGCUUACAUCAAAUUUGUUUUUAAUUAUUUAUGGACUUGUUAUUAGCCUUCCCAGCGUAAAGAAAAGUUUAGGUAUUCCUGUAAUAGUCAUGGAUUCAGCACCUGCCGAUGCUCCGAAAUCCCAGCGCUAAAACAAGCUGCAUCAGCGACAUAUUUGAAAGAUCAUUUACCGGUAGAACAUCAAAACAUUCAAAUAAAAGGGAUUUUUCUUCUGUAUCCAUCAGUCAAAGGCUUAAGAGUCAGAAGCUUAGAGAAUUAAUGCAAGAGAAAGGAAGAAAGUAAAAACAAGAGGUGAUGAAAAUCUAUGCACCAUUUUAUCAUCAAGUGAGCAAAAUUUUCUUCUUCGAAGAAUGAAGUUUUUUUUAGGCGAAGUUAUAUUAGGUGAGAUUAAUCCAAAAUUUCUAAUUGGCAGGGAAGUUGGAAGUUUGCUUAAUGAAUAUCUGUACAGAAUACACACUAUUUAUGGGUAAUCUAAGUUCUCUUUUGUAAAA